AUGAGCCGGAUAUUCAGCGGAGAGGGGGUGAAAUCAGAGGGGGUUCCUCUGGUCAGCACCCAGGACACGAGGGAGGGAAAAGAAGGAGGAGAAAAGAGAGCAGAAGGAGUCACAGAGCACGGAAAAAAUGAAGACAGGACGGGAGGAGGGAGGGGAAAGAGAAGACCGUGCAGAGUCCCGGAGCAGAGGAGGAAGGUGGAGGUCUGGGAGGCUCUCCCCGGGUAUGGCGGCUGCCAUCAGAGAGGCUGUAAGGGGACCCGCCGCGCUCACAUGGAGCUCUGCCCUCACGCUUCUUCACCUGUGGCCUCCAGCUCCCGCCGGACAAAAGAGGGCUCCGGGCACAGAGAUCCGGAAUCUGCUGAGGUGUUUAACAAGUGGACAGACCUCAGACUGAAAGGUCCGAGCACGAUGCUGGAGCGAGUGACCGACUUCCAGGGCCAGAGCUUCCACAGGCUGAGGCGGGCCUGCCUGCGCCGGGGGGCCCUCUUCAAGGACCCUCUGUUCCCGGCCACCGACCAGUCCCUCUUCUACAAACGGGCCCCCCCGCCGGGGCUGACGUGGAAGAGGCCGCGGGAGAUCUGUAAGGACCCCCGGCUGUUUGUGGACGGCAUCAGCACUCGGGACCUCCACCAGGGCAGUUUGGGGAACUGCUGGAUGGUGGCGGCCAUUUCCUGCCUGGCAUCGGAGCCAUCGCUGUGGAAGAAGGUUGACCACAGCCCCUCUGACCCCUCUAACCCCCCCACCCUCUGGUGCCUGUACCUUCCCUCUCACGUUUCGGCCCUCCAUCCCGCCCGCCAGGUCAUUCCCGACCACGUGGACCAGGAGUGGAACCCCAAGCGCUCCGACCUGUACGCGGGAAUCUUCCACUUCCGCUUCUGGCGCCUGGGCCGCUGGAUGGACGUGGUGGUGGACGACCGGCUGCCCGUCAGCGGGGACGGGGCGCUGCUCUUCUGCCGCUCGGCCACGCCGCGCGAGUUCUGGAGCGCCCUGCUGGAGAAAGCCUACGCCAAGCUGAACGGGUGCUACGAGGCCCUGGAGGGGGGGAACACGGCGGAGGCCCUCAUCGACUUCACCGGGGGGGUGUCGGAGCCCCUCAGCCUGGACCGGGAGGCCCUGGCCCUGCACGGCGAGCGGAGGAAGGCCCUCUUCCAGACGCUGUUCAAGGUCCAGGAGCGCAAAUCCCUCAUCACCUGCUCCAUCCGGCCGGCGGAGGGGGAGACGGUGGAGUCGGUGCUGGACUGCGGGUUGGUGCGGGGCCACGCCUACGGGGUCACGGCGGUGAGGAAGGUCCGGCGGCCGGCGUCCGGCGGGAACCCCCGACUCUUUAUGGUGCGCAUGAGGAACCCCUGGGGGACCAGCGACUGGAAGGGCGCCUGGAGCCAGGGGAUGGAUUUCCAGGACUUCUGCCUCCACUUCACGGACGUGGUGGUGUGCCGCUUGGUGGAGAGGGCUCUGCUGUGGCCCGGCUCCCACUGGAGGGAGACCAAGCGCUACGGGGAGUGGGCCCCGGCUCCCGGAGCCCCCCCACCCAAGGCGCUCCCGGCUCCCGGUCAGGAGGAGGUGGACGGAGCCCAGGCCGGAGGAACCGAGCGGCGGGGGAACCGGAAAGAAGCCCGGCUCACGGAGAGCCGGCAGAGGGGGGGGGAAAGCAGCACUAAGGGGGGGGGGGGCACCAGAGAGGGGGAGGAGGGGGGAGUUUGGGAGGCGCAGACGGACAGGAGGAGUCGAUGCGGGGGGUGCAUCAACCACAGGGACACCUUUUUGCACAACCCACAGUUCAUGUUUGAGGUCAGAGGUCGCGAGCAGGAGGUGCUGAUCUGCCUGCAGCAGGAGGACAGGAGGAUGUGGAGGAAAAACGGAGGAGGGGAAAACCUGCCCAUCGGCUUCGAGGUGCUGAAGGUGGAGGUGAACCGGUGCAGCCGGGUGCAGCGCGUGGCCGAGCAGGCGGCCAGCUCCGUCUACAUGGACUCCCGCAGCGUGACCUGGAGGGGGGCGCUGGGCGCCGGCCGCUUCGUGGUGCUGCCCACCACCUUCCUGCCCGGCGCCACCGGACGCUUCCUGCUGCGCCUCUUCUCCCACGCGCGCCUCAGGCUCUGGGAACUGAGGGAGGACCUGCCUUCUCCCUCCUUGUUCCAGUGUUUUCUACCUCAGCCCACAGUGGUGACCACUGUCCACCUGCGCAGGGCGUCUGGACUCCGCCCCCCCAAACAGACAGCUCCAGAUGUGUACGCCGUGGUGCGGUGCGAGGGCGACACAAUCAGGACCCGAGUGUUCAGGCAGGAGGGGAACCCCGAGUUCAACCUCAGGACCAUCUUCUACCGACGAUACCCCGACACGGACAUCUCUGUGGAGCUGUGGAGCAGAGGCCUGCUGUGGGACUCGCUGCUGGGCAGCGCCCGGCUCCAGCCGAACCCGUCGGAGAGGGGCCGGAGCCGGGUGGUGGACCUGCGGGGGGGCCCGCCGCGCUCGGGCUCCAGAGGCUGCGUCUACGUGGAGACGUCGUCCAGCGUCUGCCUCACGGACCUGUGACCACACCUGAGGGGCCCUCCAUGUCACCCAGACUGGCUCUGAAAGCCUAAAGACCCGCUUUCUGCUGGUCUGGAGGCCCCCCUGCGGAGGUCUGCUGGUCAGACGGUCUGGUGUUUAACUGGGAUUGUGCAGGUUUUCACUGUCACUGUGUCAAUUUGUUUUUGUUUUUGUUUUUUUUAAUACUAAACUGGAUUUACAUUUUUUCUACUGUUAGAUACUAAGCAUUGUCUUUUUAUGUAACUAUAAAUGAAUAUUUCCUUUAAUAAAAACUCUGUUUGGU